AUGCCAGGGGGAGAAGGUUCUUUUAGCCAUAAAAAAUUAACUGAGCGGGCAAAUUAUGCUGAUUGGAAGUUUGCCAUGAGAAUGCACUUAAUUAAAAGAGAUUUAUGGGAUUAUGUUGAAGGAAAAAAGGAAGAUGCAGCUUUAGAUGCCAAAGCUUUGUCAUACAUAGUUGAAGGGGUUAGUGAAACAAUUUUUAAUGAUUUGAGGGACUUAUCUAGUGGCAAAGAUGCCUGGGAAGUAUUAGCAAAAACUUAUGAUGAUAAAGGAAUAACUAGAAAAGUGUCUGUAAUUAAAGAAUUGGUUAAUACUAAGUACACAGAUUGUAAAGACAUGUGUGAUUACCUUCAUAAAGUAAUUUCAGCAUAUCAGCAAUUAAAAUCAACAGGAGUUAAGGCAGAUGAGGAAUUAAUAGUUGGAAUAAUUUUAGCUAACUUACCUGAUAGAUUUGAACCCCUUAUUAUGGCUUUGAAAAAUUGUGGGGAAGAGAUAACUGUUGAUAACGUUAAAACUAGAUUAAUGGCCAAGGAUGAUAAACCUAAUUCUGAUGGGAAUUUAGAUCAAGCUUUCCUUAAUGAGAAGUUUAAAGGCAGGAAUAAGUUUAAGGGGAAAUGCUUCAAAUGUAAUUUGUUUGGUCAUAAAAGUAUAGAUUGUCAAAGACCCCCACGCCAGAAAAAUGCGUAUGAUAAAUUUAACAAAAAGGGUAAUGUAAAGCCUACUUCUAGUAAGACUCCUAUGAAGGAAGAAGCUUAUGCAGCAGGUAUCUAUGUUGCAAAUUCUAAUCCAAAUCCUAAUGUUUGGUACAUGGAUUCUUGUGCUUCGUUCCAUAUGACCCCAUAUAAAGAAUUGAUAACAGAUUAUCAAACUGCAAGUAUUAGUCAAAUUAAAACAGGCAGCUCUGUUAUAGAAGUUGAGGGGGAAGGGAGUGUUAGUUUUCUUUUAUCUAGAAAUGGGGAGAAAGCAAAAGUAACUUUUAAUAAUGUAUUGCAUGUUCCAAAACUAACUGCUAACUUGCUAUCUAUUAAGUAUUUAAACAAAACUUUUGGGAUGGUUACUACCUUUACAGGGGAAAGAUGUUUUGUUCAUAAGGGUGAUAAUUUAGUAGCUAGUGGAACAGGUGUAAGCGAUAGAUUAUAUUCUUUAGAUAUUCAUAAUGAUAUGGCUUUAAUUACUGCUCAAAACUCAUCAAAUGAAAUAUUGCAUAAGAAAAUAGGUCAUUUAAGUGAAGGAGGGAUGGUUAGAUUGCAAGAUAUGGUUGAGGGUUUCUCUUUUAAUGGGAAAAUUAAUGAUUGUAUACCAUGCAUUAAAGGUAAAAUGCAUAAACAACCAUUUCCCAAGGGUAAGGCUAAACGAGCAAAAGAAUUGUUAGGCUUAGUGCAUAGUGACCUCUGUGGACCAAUGAGUGUUUUAUCAAUAGGCGGUUCUCGGUACUUUAUAAGUUUCAUAGAUGAUUUGUCACGAAUGACUUUUGUUUACUUUAUAAAGAAUAAAUUUGAAGUUCUUGGAAAAUUCAAAGACUUUCAGGCAUAUGUAGAACGACAAACUGGCAAACCUAUUAAGGUUUUACGCUCUGAUAAUGGGACGGAGUAUGUUAAUAAUGAGAUGGAUAGUUUUCUAGCUUCCAAAGGGAUUCAGCAUCAAAAGUCUAUCCCUUAUACACCGGAGCAAAUGGGGGUUGCAGAACGCAACAACAGAACACUCGUUGAGCGAGCUCGGUCUAUGUUGGUGGAUGCCCACCUUGGCCAGGAAUAUUGGGCUGAAGCAGUUGAAACAGCAGCUCAUUGUAAAAAUAUAUCUCCAACCAUUGCGGUUCCAGACAUGACACCUUUUGAGAAAUGGAGUGGUGAAAAGCCAAACUUGAAAUACUUAAGGGUGUUUGGGUGUCGGGCUUUUGUUCAUAUUCCCAAACAGAAGCGUUUAAAAUGGGAUAUGAAAGCUAGAGAGUUAAUGUUUGUUGGGUAUUGUAAGGAUAGGAAGGGCUAUCGUCUAAUUGAUCCAACUAAUUAUAGUAUUGUUGUAGCCAGAGAUGUGCAUUUUUUGGAACAUGAUAUGUAUCAUGACAAUAACAGUGACAAAAGUUCACCAGAGUUCAGUGAUGACUCUUUAUUCAGUGGGAGCAUUGUUGAUUUUGACAACACAUCAGAUAAACUCCAAAAUGAUGAUAAUGUUAGCAGGGGUGAUAAUGAAUUAAAUUUCCAAAAUGAUAUUAAUGCAGGUCAGGAUGACAUUAAUGGCUUAAAUAGAGGCGAUUUUGUAAAUAAUGAUGAGAGUAAUAAUAUAACCGUAGAUAAUGACAUGCCGAAAUUGACACCUAUAGGAAGAACAGUUAAACUUCCUGUUAGUUAUCAAAAUUUUGAUACCAAUGGUAUGCCAGAUUUGCAAACGCCAAACUUAGAUCCUAUUUGCUUUGCCGAUGCUUUACUGGCAAUAAAUGAACUUCUUUCUGAACCUAAUACUAUUGAUGUGAAUGGAGAUAUUGAAAGGUACAAAACCCGUUUAGUAGCUAAAGGUUUUUCCCUGAUCGAAGGAAUAAAUUGUACAGAAACGUUUUCCCCAGUAGUUCAUUAUGUAACACUAAGAGUUUUGUUGGCUUAUGCAGCUAUUUAUGAUUGGGAAAUCGAUCAAAUGGAUGCUGUUAUGGCUUUUGUUCAAGGGACACUAAAUGAAGAAAUAUACAUGAAAAUUCCAGAUGGGUUUAGUGAGUAUUACGAACAAAAUUUAAAUGGGAAAGUUCUUAAUAAAGCUCUAGAUGGCUUAAAGAAAAGUGACAGGCUUUGGUAUCUGACAUUAGAAGAAAGCUUAGUUGAAAUGGGAUUUAGGCAAAGUUAUUUUGAUAGUUGUGUGUAUAUUAAACUAAAUGAUAAAGAACUUGUAAUUGUAGGUAUUUAUGCAGAUUAUAUAUUAAUUUUUAGCAACUCAGUAAGGCUUAAAAAUUUAGCAAAAAAGCAACUAAGUAAAAGAUCUGAAAUGAAAGAUUUAAAGUAUUGUUUAGGGAUUAAAAUAGAAUGCAAUAGAUCAGAAGGGUCCAUUAACCUAAAUCAAACCCAAUCUGACAAUGAAGGUGGUUCCAAUAAGGCACAAUCAGAUGAUGAAUAUUCUAAUAAAGAACAAUCAGAUGAAGAAGCAAAGGCUUCAGGCUCUGACGUGUGCCACGAGAUGAUUGUGAAACUUGAUGAUGAAGGAGAAGGUGGUAAAAGACGAAAACGUAAGAAAGGUAGAGAAUCCAAGAAAAGGAGUAUAAUCGUUUCUAAAGCAACUAUUUCAUCAAGUGAGGAGUCUGACAGUGGAAAAGAAAAGUCGAAAAGAAAAAGGAAAGCAAGUGCUAGUGAUAUUACUCAAAGUGAUGAAGACAGUGGGCCUAAAAAGAGGAAAGUUGCUUCUGAUAGUGGAAGUGAUGGCAGACAGAGUGAUGAAGACAGGCCAAGCAAGAACAGAAAAAUUGUUUCAGAUAGUGAUGAAGAUAGUGAAUUAACAAGAGGAGAAUUACAUCUGAUAAUAGUCAAAGUGAAGAAGAAAACGCACCAAAAAGGAGAAGGAUUGCUUUGGCCAGUGGGAGUGAAUAUGAUAAAUAUAAAUGUGGACUAUUUAACAAAAACUGUUUAUAGAACUAGGCAUGAAUAUUUAUUCCCAAAAAUGUCAACUAAAAUGGGAGUGUUGAAAGAGUUAGUUUAUACUGUUGUACAAAGAUGGCAUCACAAAUGCUGA